AUGGCAAAUUCACAGGGCUUACCGGAUUUUUCCAGCCACAGCUGCACUCGAAUAAACAUCGAAGGAACCUGUGCCACAGUAGCGCUUACCCCGACUUUUUUGAGAUGUUUGAAUAAUAACAACAUCGGACUGGCAAUUUGGAGACUGCAACGAAAAGGGUUUACAAGUCAUUUUGAUCGGCCGAUCACUGGUAGCGAUCCACCGGCAAGGAUUUCUGGCUGUACCCCCACCUAGAUAAUUUGAGCUGAAUAUGUAAUAAGAUUUUCCUGGGGUUAUCGUUUGCUCAUAAUCACAGUCACCAAAUUGCGCGUUGCUCAUCCCGGCAAAGCCCAGAAGAAUCAUUAGCGGAC